AUGCAGACGCCGAUCCAGGUGACUGUGCAGGAUGGAACGGCGUCGACCAGGCGCUCGCUCGACGUGCGUGACAUACUGGAUGAGUUGCCGAUGCUGGCGAGACUCAAGGAUCAGCAGUGGAUGGCCAGGCUGCCGCGGAAGCUCUUUGUGAAGCGCAACAAGCGUCCAUGCAGUACGGAAGUGGGCAACAGCAGCUCCGACACGGAUACGACGCUAUUGUCGCCUGAAUCGCUUCCGACGCCACGGACGGCUAGGGCUAUGUCAGUACUUGUGCCACAGAAAGACGACGAAGUGCUGGAGGCGCUGGAUGCUCGGUUCUUUACGGAGAAGUUUGAUCCUGUGGCGUAUACGCUCGAAAACCUUCCUGAGGGCAAGAGCGAACUAAAUGCGUUCAUGCGCACCGAGAUCAGUGCUGUGGAUGUGGCAAAAGACGUCGUUUUGGCAAAAUUGCAAGAUAAUGUGCGAGCAAAUUACAACGCGUUGAUACAAGGCAUGAAAGUGGUGCAGGAAGUCGAUCUCGACUUAGUUCGAGCGCAUAUUCACGUCAAAAACGGUCGUCGUCUGCUUGCAACAGCAAAAAGCGACUUGAUUCUCAGUUCUUUUGAAAUCGUAAAAACUAAAAGAAAUCGAGAUCGUGUCAGUGAGAUUGUUUCCAUUGGCUCGCAAAUUGCGCAGUUCUUUGAGGAAGAAGAAAGUAUGAACGUGGCACUGCAAGAGUACCGGUUCAUUACUGCUGUCGAUACUUGUCGACGCCUUCGAGAAGGUUUGUCGCACAGCGCGUUCCAGGGUCUUACGAUUUUGGAUGACUUCCGAUUACGUAUGCAAGACUUUAUUCCGAGACUGCGUGAUCUUUUCGACCAGUCUUUGUGCAAAGUCGCGGGUUGCUUUGACCCCGUCAAGUACAAGGAAUUGCUUCAAGCAUACAUCACGUUAGCAGACCACUCCGAAAGUCGUGGCUUUGAGUUCUCCUCGCAUGCGCUGAAGGAGGUUUUGUCCAAUAUCCCUGAGAUCAUUGUUCGGUCUAUUGACGACAGGGCAAGUGAGAUUGCGCGUCGAGUCUCCGGUUCUGUGUCGCCCGAUAGACUACGAACUGAAGUGGUGGUGAAGCGGGUAAAUGAAAACAACACAAGCGAGACCGGACACCGAGUAGACACAGCUCGAGUGCCAGCAUCCCAGAUAGUCGAAGACGUUACGCGGUGUUAUGAGCAUCUCACCGACCUGAUGCAUGGUUACUAUUUGUUGGUUCAAUGGCAUCGGGAUCCAUUUAAUCCGCUCAACGACGACAUCGCCUACCUCCAUCGCUGCGGAAUCGAUGACGACGACGACGAUGAUGAUGAAAGUGAUAGUGAUAGUGACGGAAACGAUGGCGAUGACCAUGGUGAAGAAAAGGACCACCAUUCGCCCACACGUUGCGACGAAGCUGCUACACUGAAGGAGUCCGAGUCCCCGUCACAUCGUUCUACGAAGAUCGGACCACGCCACUCGAGCUCAGAAAGCACACUUUACGGUCAAGUUCUGUGUGAUACGGGCGUGACCUUGCUUCGAUACCGUAUGAUCGUGUGGGAAAAUAUUCAACAAAAAGUACUGGAGAUUGUUGCAAAGCUGGACAUAUCAUAUGGCUAUAAGAUGGAGCACAUCAUUGCGCUUUCACUGGCGACGACAACGUUUACUGAGAUUGGCGAGGAAUUUACUGGGGCCUUUUCAUCAAAAAUCCGGUCUGCUCUUCGAGUCAAGUGUGAGCAAUACUUGCGUGCAUUCCACGAGGAAAACAUUGAAUUAACUCGAAUGCUUCUGGAGACGGAAAAGUGGCUUCGCAUCACGACACCCUUGAUGGAUGGUGACGACCAACGUAGCCUGAUCGGGCUGAUUGAAAAGCGUAGCGGAUACUCUUUCGAGCGGAAGGUUUGUGGAGAUCUCACGGCUGACCCUAUUUAUUCAAGACGUGUGUUUCCGUCGUUUUUAGUGAAAGGCAAUCCAUUCAUCGCUGUCAAUUCGAUAGAGUGGCUCUCGAUGAAGCAAGGUAUUCGUUUCCAUCAUGAAACGAAGGGCGGCACGAAUAAUGGUGAUAUGUCAUCAUUGCGAAAUUGCGACAAUCAAGCGCUCCCUGUGGCCACUUCUAACGAAUCAGAGUUUGUGCUAACUUCUUCUAGCCUUGCAGGCUUCGUCCGAUUAUGCGGUGCUUACUUGAAAAUGAUGGAGUGUCUUCCACAAAUUAGCUGGGACGCGCUACGCUUACUGAACAACCUUUUCGAGCUCCAUCUGUACGCCGUUUUCACCAAUUUUAUUGCCACAGACGACAUUGUGCAUCUUUUUCACGGUUCACGCGGGGGGUCAAUGAUGAACGAUGCAACGCAGUGGAACAGUCUGCGCACUGGCAUUUGUCGAGUAGCAGAUGAGAUUGAUUUCGGUGAAGUACAUCUUCAAUUGUCGGUAUCGAAAGCGAGUACUGGGCGCAUGGAUCAGCAGCUAGGCUUACCUAUGAUGCGAACCGUCACUCUACGUAAAGUAGCCCGGACACUGUCCGGUAUUGGAGAUACGGACGAGAGCAGUUUGUACGCGUUAGCUGCAAGGUCCGUUGCUUGCGAGGCUGUUGUUGGUCAGUCGAGACUACUGAAUGCUGUGGCAGACUUAGCUCGGUCAUAUCUUCCGGAUCAGUACCGCGUCCGUAUGAAUGAAAUGCUCGAACAGAACUGCACGAUGGCGCAGGAACUCCGCAGCUUCAUGUACGGUACAAUUACAACUCGACUCGUAGACGCCCCAGCCUUGUUGGAUUCAGUGUCUGCAGUGUCGUGGAACAUAACGUACAUCAGUGAUCGGCACAACGAGUAUAUCGUGCAACUGAUUCAAAAAUGUGGAGAAAUAUGGAGACGACUGCGAAUCCUGGCGAUCGGGUCCAUCUCAAUCGACGCGUGUGAGGAUAUUUGGGCGGCAAUGAUACAAACCGUCAUGGAUACGCUGCUGCAGGCAUAUUCUGCUGUUGUCAAGCCGACCCCACAAGGUCGUGCGCUCAUGUUGCUGGACUUGUACACACUUCAGAAUGGUUUGGACCUGGUCAAUCACAUCAGCUCUCGAACGGUGCCCCGUGGUCACGAGUACGUGGGUAACUACAUCAAGGCUUGCUUCUACGACGAAAAGGAGCUCUUGGAGUGGAUUCAGGAUAACAAGGCGCUGUACUCGAAGAUGCAAUUUGCCAAUCUACUUAAGAACAGCAUCGGAUCGACAAUGGAGAUCAAGCAAUUCCGCGAGCUUGCCCUAAAGCUCGACACAAUCGUUGCCUAA